CAUUGCAUUCGGAUUCUGGGAUUUCUCUCCCUUUCUUGAAAUUUCUUUUAUGAAUUUAAAUUUUCCCACCAUUCUUGGAAAAAGACUUGAAUUUUAAAUUGAUGGUUCUGUUAUAAUUUAUGAACUACAUGAGUUUUGCUCUGUGUUCUUCCCAAGGCAUUACUUGAGCUCUGGUGGAAUUUUCUGUUGGGAAGUUUACUAGUUUUCAUGGAGCUAAAGCAGUAACCCUUUGGUGGAUGGGAUUCUUGAAAUUUCCCAAUCAAGUCAUCAUUUCAUGCAUCUUCUUUUUCAUUCUGAGUUGAAGCAGUGAUUAUGAUUGGUUGAUAGCAAUUAGGGCUUGGUAUAUUUGGGAAAAUCCUUGUAGCAGAAUCAAGAAAUCACUUUUCUUGUUGCUAUCUCUGUGACUGUGACUAGAAGAUGUUGAAUUGGAGGAGAGGCCUCUUUUGGGGAUUCAUAAUGAUAGUGAUUUCUCCUUCUAACGCAUUGAGUGAGGAUGGAAUCCACCUUAUAGAGUUGAAGAAAAGCAUGAUUGAUCCCUUCAAUUUCCUCCAAAGUUGGAAUCCAAAUGAUCAAACCCCCUGUGAUUGGCUAGGUGUGAACUGCACAACAGAUUCCAAUCCGGUCGUUUGGUCCCUUGAUCUCAGCUUCCGGAAUCUUUCCGGGACUCUGAGCUCAUGGAUUGGUAAUCUGGUGCAUCUCACUUUUCUUGAUCUCUCCUUCAAUGGAUUCAGGGGUAGGAUUCCUAAAGAGAUUGGAAUCUGUUCCAGUUUGGAAGUCCUCAUCUUGAACGACAAUCAGCUCGAUGGCGAAAUCCCACCUGAGUUAGGCAAUCUCUCCCAUUUGGCAUACCUGAAUUUGUGCAAUAACAUGAUAUCUGGUCCUAUCCCAGAUGAAUUUGGCAAACUAACCUCUCUUGUCCAGUUUGUUGCCUACACGAACAACCUCACGGGCCCCCUGCCUCGUGCCUUUGGUAAUUUGAAGAACCUCAGAGUCUUUCGUGCAGGGCAGAACGCGAUUUCUGAGAGCUUACCAGCCGAGAUAGGCUAUUGUGAGAGCCUCGUGGUUCUUGGUCUUGCCCAGAACCAACUCACGGGCAGCCUACCUAAAGAGCUCGGCUUGUUGCAGAGGCUAACUGAUCUGAUUCUAUGGGGUAAUCAGUUCUCGGGGUUUAUUCCAAAGGAGCUUGGAAACUGCACGAGCCUUGAGACGCUCGCGUUGUACCAGAACACGCUCGUGGGAGAGAUUCCUCCCGAGAUUGGCAACAUCAAGUAUCUCAAAAGGUUGUAUCUCUACAGAAACAGUUUGAAUGGAAGUAUUCCAAGGGAGAUUGGGAAUCUUAGUUUUGGCCUAGAAAUCGAUUUCUCAGAGAAUUAUUUGUCUGGUGAGAUUCCUAUCGAGUUAACUCAAAUAAAGACACUGUAUUUACUCUACUUGUUUCAAAAUGAGCUCACUGGUGUGAUCCCACCGGAGCUCAGCACGUUGAGGAACCUCACCAAGUUGGACUUGUCGAUUAACAACCUAACCGGCCCUAUCCCAUACGGCUUCCAAUACCUGCCUCGAAUGAGCCAGUUGCAGCUCUUUGAUAACAACUUGAGUGGAAGCAUACCUCAGCGUCUUGGCCUGUAUAGCCGGCUUUGGGUGGUUGAUUUCUCGGAUAACCACCUCACCGGUAGAAUCCCGCCUCACAUUUGCCAGCAUUCCAACUUGAUACUGCUGAAUCUCGAGGCCAAUGACUUGUAUGGGAACAUUCCUUCCGGUGUCAUCAACUGCACCUCGUUGGUGCAGCUCCGUGUCAGUGGGAACAGGCUGUCCGGGAGCUUCCCUUCCGAUAUAUGCAGAUUGACGAACCUCUCUGCUGUUGAUCUCGCCCAGAAUAGGUUCAGCGGGCCGAUCCCUCAAGGGAUAGGCAGCUGCCAGAAACUGCAGAGACUAGAUCUCUCGGGCAAUUACUUCACUGCUGAUCUGCCUAUAGAGAUAGGCAAUCUGUCGCAGCUCGCGGUGUUCAACGUCUCCUCCAACUUCUUCACUGGACAGACGCCAAGAGAGAUUCUCAAAUGCAAGGCUCUGCUGAAGCUUGAUCUCAGUGAGAAUAGCUUCAGUGGCACCAUACCCAAGGAGCUGGGGAUGCUCUCUCAGCUCGAACGUCUCAUCUUAUCGCAGAAUAUGUUUUCGGGAAGCAUACCGGCUGAAUUAGGCAAUCUCUCCCAUUUGACUGAGUUACAAAUGGGUGGAAAUUUGUUAUCUGGUAGCAUACCUAAUGAGUUAGGCAAUCUUGCUAGCUUGCAGAUUGCGAUGAAUCUGAGUUACAACAACUUGUCCGGGCCAAUCCCGCCCGAGCUUGGAAAUCUCAUCUUGUUGGAGUAUUUACUACUCAACAACAAUGACUUGAGCGGUGAGAUCCCAAGCACGUUUGCGAAUCUUUCUAGCCUGCUCGGAUGCAACUUCUCGAACAAUGAGCUAUCCGGGCCGCUGCCCCCCGUGCAGGUGUUCCAGAAUAUGAGCGUGACUAGCUUUGCUGGAAACAGAGGUCUGUGUGGAGGGCCUCUCGGUAACUGCAGUGGCUCGACACCUUCUGACACGGAUCCUCCGCUGGUAGGAAGCAUGGAUGCUCCUCGAGGGAAGAUCAUCACCAUAGUUGCUGCCGUGAUUGGUGGAGUCUCUCUUGUUCUGAUUGUGGUUAUUUUAUACGUGAUGAGAUGCCAUCCCGUUGAUAAGGCCCCUUCGUCUCAGGAUAAGGACGUACAAUCCGUGGAUUCUGAUAUAUACUUCCCUCCCAAGGAAGGGUUCACGUUUCAGGACCUGGUGGAGGCGACCAACAACUUCAACGAGGCGUUUGUGAUCGGGAGGGGAGCAGUGGGGACAGUUUACAAGGCGGUGCUGCCCUCUGCUCAAGUGAUCGCAGUGAAGAAGCUAGCAUCCAAUAGAGAGGGUAACAGCAUUGAGAACAGCUUCCGAGCUGAGAUUUCGACUCUAGGGAAGAUUAGGCAUCGGAAUAUUGUGAAGCUUUACGGCUUCUGCUAUUACCAAGGCUCCAAUCUGCUUCUGUACGAGUACAUGGCACGAGGCAGCUUGGGCGAAUUGCUUCACGGAUCGUUGUGCCAGCUGGACUGGCAGACGAGGUUCAUGGUUGCUCUAGGGGCCGGUGAAGGCCUGGCUUACUUGCAUCACGAUUGCAGGCCUCGGAUCAUCCACCGUGACAUCAAGUCCAACAACAUACUUCUGGAUGACAAGUUUGAGGCGCAUGUUGGUGAUUUCGGUUUGGCCAAAGUGAUCGACAUGCCUCAGUCCAAGUCGAUGUCCGCGGUUGCUGGAUCGUAUGGCUACAUAGCCCCCGAAUACGCCUACACUAUGAAGGUCACGGAGAAAUGCGACAUAUACAGCUAUGGAGUAGUUCUGCUGGAGCUGCUGACGGGUAAAACUCCGGUGCAGCCCCUCGAGGAAGGAGGCGAUCUGGUGACAUGGGUGCGGAAUUACAUCCGAAGCCAUGCUCUGUCGCCGGAGAUACUGGAUGCUCGUUUGAAUCUCAAAGACUCCGUCACCGUCAACCACAUGAUCACCCUGCUCAAGAUCGCGCUCCUCUGCACCAGCAUGUCGCCCUUUGAUCGCCCAUCCAUGAGGGAGGUCGUCAUCAUGCUCAUCGCCUCCAACGAUCCGCCUCACUCCCACUGACUAUUUUUCUCUCUAAUCUAAUCCACUUUUUACACCAGAGUAUUUGAUUUUAGUAUCAUACAAAUUAAUGUAAAAACGAAUUAGUGCUAGUACAUCUGCUUCUGCAGAAUUAAUUACGUGUGUACAUUCUGCUUACUUGAUUGGAUACACUUAUAUGAUCAUCUA